CUUUGCAGCUUGGACGUUCUCUACCGAGGGAAGGAGAGCGUACCUGUUUUUAUGGGCGCUUACUUUUUGUUUUCAACGCGUACAAGGGUCACGCGCUGAGCGUCCAUUUGUAACUCAUUCAUAAUUUAUAACAGGACCCCCUUUUCCCACAAUUCCUUGCGGCGUAGCGGACAGAGCUGUCUCCUCGGCUGUCUCUCCGCGCGGACAGUCUCUGGCGCAGCCUGCUGCUGACUUGACUGUGCAAGGACGGCGAGGAGACGCGGUGCGAGCGGCGGGGGAGGCGGGCACGGCGACGGGAAGGACGGGGGGAGUUUAGGCUGUGUCCCGCAUUCGGAAUAAGCCAGACGAGACUACAGCUCUGCUCGUGACGUGAAACGAGCUCCGCUAUAACCUUCAAAAAAAACGAGCUGCGUUUUUGACGGCUAACUUUCUGUCUGUUAGAACUCGCGAGCAAACCGUCGUGUGGCAACUGGGAAGAAACUAAAGAGACAGUCGGACGUUUGGACGAAGAAUGGGAUUUAAAGAACAUAUCUGCCAGCACUGAGUUGUGACAACACGGGAAUAUUCUGCGCUUGGGUGGAACAUAACCAGUACUGCUGCUAGGGGACACGCUCAGUUUAACGGCGUCGUCGUGUCCGUCCACUGGGAAAGGCAGCGGGAUGGCACUUAGGAACGGGGGAAAGUAACGUUAGCGUUAGCUCACUGGCUAGCUGCUAGCUGACUAGCAGGGCUGCUCACUAAGCCAUUCCUGGAGCAGAGGAGGGGCGCUCGGGCUUUGUAGCAUUGCAGAUCUGCCCUGCAUAUUUUUGGGGAGGGGGGUGGUGGGGGGUACUGCAAGAAUGGAGAAUCCCAAAUAUCUGCCACAACAACUCAGGUGGAUCUCUUGAGCCGCGUCGAAACAAUUCGUCACCGCCGGCCUGCGUCGGGACUUUGUCAGAAUCCGCCGGAUUGUUGGGACAAACGUUACUUCUUUUCGUAUUUACAAAAUGGGCAAGUUCUGCGCGUCUUAGUUACUGGAUCUUCAAGAGGGAGAUCAUGAAUUGGCCAACGUUGACGCGGAAUUAGCCCACCGGCUUGUCCUCAACAUAAACUUUUAUAACUGGAGACAUUCAAGGGGAGAGAACUUCUUUACAGGCCCCUUGUGUGCCAACCAACAGGCCGAGGAGCAGCCCGACCAUUUCCCCUUCCCAGCAUCCUCCAUCGUCUUCCUCAUCAUCACUUGAACAGCAGCCGGAAUAACCAUGUCGGGAGAGGUGCGUUUGAAGAAGCUGGAGAAGCUGGUCCUGGACGGGCCGGCGCAGUCUAACGGCCAGUGUCUCAGCGUGGAGACGCUGCUGGACAUCCUGGUCUGCCUCUACGACGAGUGCAACAACUCUCCAAUUAGGAGAGAGAAGAACAUCCUGGAGUUCCUGGAAUGGGCCAAACCCUUCACUUCCAAAGUGAAGCAGAUGCGCCUGCAUAAGGAGGACUUUGAGAUCCUGAAGGUGAUUGGACGAGGAGCGUUUGGAGAGGUUGCGGUUGUGAAAGUGAGAAACACUGACAAGGUGUUCGCCAUGAAGAUCCUCAACAAGUGGGAGAUGUUGAAGCGAGCCGAGACUGCGUGUUUCCGGGAGGAGCGGGACGUGUUGGUAAACGGGGACUGCCAGUGGAUCACCACCCUGCACUACGCCUUCCAGGACGACAAUAAUCUGUACCUGGUCAUGGACUACUAUGUGGGUGGAGAUCUGCUGACUCUGCUCAGUAAGUUCGAGGACCGGCUGCCGGAGGAGAUGGCCAAGUUCUACCUGGCUGAGAUGGUGCUGGCCAUCGACUCGGUUCACCGGCUCCACUAUGUGCACAGGGACAUCAAGCCCGACAACAUUCUGCUGGAUAUGAACGGCCACAUCCGCCUGGCCGACUUCGGCUCCUGCCUCAAGCUCAUGGAGGACGGCACAGUGCAGUCCUCUGUGGCAGUGGGGACUCCCGACUACAUCUCCCCAGAAAUACUCCAGGCCAUGGAGGAUGGGAAGGGCAAGUAUGGACCUGAGUGCGACUGGUGGUCCCUGGGCGUGUGCAUGUAUGAAAUGCUGUACGGCGAGACUCCUUUCUACGCAGAGUCCCUGGUGGAGACCUAUGGGAAGAUCAUGAACCACAAGGAGCGCUUCCAGUUCCCCCAGCAGGUCACAGACGUGUCGGAGGACGCCAAGGAUCUGAUCCGCAGGCUCAUUUGCAGUCGAGAGCACCGAUUGGGUCAGAACGGCAUUGAGGACUUCAAGCACCACCCCUUCUUCGUCGGCAUUGAUUGGGAAAACGUUCUGUCGUGUGAGGCCCCCUACAUCCCAGAGGUCAGCAGCCCGACCGACACCUCCAACUUCGAUGUGGACGAUGACUGCUUGAAGAACUCGGAGACCAUGCCCCCUCCCUCUCACACUGCCUUCUCGGGCCACCACCUGCCCUUUGUGGGCUUCACCUACACCAGUAAAUGUUCCCUGUCCGACCGGGCCUGCCUUCGACAGCUGGCGGGGGAGCCGGGUAAGGUGGGCCGGGACCAGUUGGACCUGGAUGUCCAGCGCAGCCUGGAGGACAGCCUGGCCACAGAGGCCUAUGAGAGGAGGAUCGGCCGCCUGGAACAGGAGAAAGUAGAGCUGUGCCGCAAACUGCUAGAGGCGACUCAGACGGUGCAGGCGCUGCAGCACCCAACAGGUGAGGGCCCUCCCAGUGCAAACAAGGAGGUGGAGAUCAGGAGUCUGAAGAGUGAGAUCGACAUCCUCAAGAAACAGAUCGCUGACUCGGGCCAACUAGAGAAGCAGCUGGAGGACGUGUCUCUGGCCCGCAGGGACCUGGAGGACUCUUCAAAACACGUCAAGACGUUGGAGAGACGGGUGAAGAGCGUUGCACAGGAAAAGGAUGACAUGCACAAGGAUCUUCUGGAAGCCACUGAAAAGCUGAAGUCUCAGUCCAAGGAGCUGAAGGAAGCCCACAGCCAGAGGAAACUGGCCAUGCAGGAGUUUUCUGAGCUUAACGAGAGACUCACCGACCUCCGGUCUGUGAAGCAGCGCCUGGUUCGCCAGCUGCGUGACAAGGAGGAGGAGAUGGAGAGCCAGGGGCAGAAGGUCGAGGCUCUCCGCCUUGAGGUGCGAAAGGCUGAGAGAGCCAAGAAGGAGAUGGAGGUGCAGGCCGAGGAGCAGGCAGCGGAGGCUCAGAAGGAGAGGAAGCUGAGGGAGCGUAACGAGCAGUACAGCCGACAGCUGGAGGAGGACCUUGAAGGGCUUAAAUUGAAGCAGGCCGGCUCCUCUGCAGCCCCAGCCUCGGCAGACCAGACCCAGGAGGUGGGCCGCCUGCGGGGUGACCUGGAGAAGAAGACGCUCCUGUACGAGGAGGAGCUGGCGCGCAGGGAGGCGCAGCACGCCACCGAGCUGAAGACCCUGCGCAAAGAGCUGCGGGACGCUGAGGGUCAACACGUGGCCCUGCAGAAAGAGAUCCUCAUGCUUAAAGACAAGCUGGACAAGACGCGCCGAGAGAGCCACAGCGAGCGGGAGGAGUUUGAGACGGAGUACAAGCAGAAGUACGAGAGGGAGAGAGUCCUGCUCACUGAGGAGAAUAAGAAGCUGUCCACUGAACUGGAUAAGCUGACCAGCAUGUUUGAGAAGGUCAACGGCUCCAACAGGCAGCUGGAGGACGAGAUGAGGGAGCUGGCAGACAAAAAAGAAAGUGUAGCUCACUGGGAGGCGCAGAUAACAGAAAUAAUCCAAUGGGUGAGUGACGAGAAGGAUGCCCGGGGCUACCUCCAGGCUCUGGCUACCAAGAUGACAGAAGAGCUGGAAGGACUGAGAAACACCAGCCUGGGAGCCAGAUCCACAGAUAUGCCGUGGAAGAUGCGACGCUUUGCCAAGCUGGACAUGUCAGCCCGCCUGGAGCUGCAGUCUGCCUUAGAUGCUGAGAUUAAAGCCAAGCAGAGCAUCCAAGAUGAAUUGAACAAGGUCAAGGCCAACAACAUGUCCACAGAAUGUAAACUGCAGGACGUGGAGGGCAAAAACCAGGAGCUGCUGGCCGAGAUAGAGCGGCUGAAGAAAGAGACCGAGGAGCUGCGGCUACGAAGGGGUGUCAAGCACCAGGAUUCCCAGAAUUCCUUCUUGGCUUUCCUCAACGCGCCCACCUCCGCACUCGACCAGUUCGAUCGCUCGCCAUCCGUUGGCCCGGCGAGCAAAGGCAGACGCAUGGACUCCAUGGAUAACUUCACCCCCUCCAACACUCCAUCCAGGGAAGAUGACCCGAAGUCCCACCUCAAGUCCCGCUCGCGCUCCCCCUCCAUGGCGAGUGAUGUGGAGCCCAUAGAGUUGAUGGACCACCCUCCCCGCACAGGGCAGACCCCCACCAUGCGCUCCGGAGGGUACGGCAGCAUUGGACGCUCCUCUCCCAAGCCCAAAGCACACCAGUUUGUGGUGAAGUCAUUCAGCACACCCACUAAGUGUAACCAGUGCACCUCCCUCAUGGUGGGCCUCAUACGUCAAGGAUGCACCUGUGAAGUGUGUAACUUCUCCUGCCAUGUGACCUGUGCGGACAAGGCUCCAGCCGUGUGUCCCGUUCCCCAGGACCAGACCAAGGGCCCGCUGGGUAUCGACCCGCAGAAGGGGAUUGGUACUGCGUAUGAAGGGCACGUCAGGGUGCCCAAACCGACAGGCGUUAAGAAGGGUUGGCAAAGAGCGAUGGCGGUGGUGUGUGACUUCAAGCUGUUCCUCUACGAACUGGGAGAAGGAAAAGCCACGCUACCAAGUGUAGUAGUCAGCCAAGUGAUAGACAUGAGGGAUGAAGAGUUCUCAGUCAGUUCUGUCUUGGCCUCCGAUGUCAUCCACGCCAGCCGCAAAGAUAUCCCUUGUAUAUUCCGAGUGACAGCAUCCCAGCUCUCCCACUCGAGCAACCACAAGCCCUCCAUCCUGAUCCUGGCCGACAGCGAUCAGGAGAGGAACAAAUGGGUGGGUCUCCUCAACGAGCUCCACCGCAUCCUCAAGAAGAACAAGCUGAAGGAGCGCUUCGUCUACGUCCCCAAGGAGGCUUACGACAGCACGCUGCCGCUCAUCAAGACGACGCAGUCUGCUGCCAUCAUAGAUCACGAGCGCGUCGCCCUGGGCAACGAGGAAGGCCUCUUUGUCAUCCAUGUCACCAAAGAUGAAAUAAUCCGUGUGGGGGACAACAAGAAGGUGCACCACAUCGACCUGAUUCUCCAGGAGCAGCUGCUGGCGGUCAUCUCCGGUAGGAACCGCCACGUCCGUCUCUUCCCCACGCAGGCCUUGGACGGCCGCGAGACCGAUUCCUACAAGCUGGCUGAGACCAAAGGCUGCCAGAGCAUCGUCUCCGGGCCCGUCCGCAACGGCUCGCUCACCUGCCUGUGCGUGGCCAUGAAGAGACAAAUCAUAUGCUACGAGGUGAAUAAGAGUAAAGGACGUCACCGUCGGCUCCGCGAGGUGCAGGCCCCGGGGCCGGUGCAGUGGAUGGGUCUGCUCAGUGAGCGCCUCUACGUGGGCUACCAGUCCGGCUUCACCCGCUACAGUGUCCAUGGAGACAUGGCCCCUGUCAACCUGCUCCACCACGAGGACCACACCCUGGCCUUCAUCCCCCAGCAGAGCCUGGAAGCCCUCUGCGCCGUGGAGAUCUCCAGCAAAGAGCUGCUGCUGUGCUUCAGCUCCAUCGCCGUGUACGUGGACUCCCAGGGCCGCAGGUCGCGUCAGCAGGAGCUGAUGUGGCCAGCUGUUCCCAACUCCGCCUGCUACAACGCCCCCUACCUGUCUGUGUACAGCGAGAACGCCGUUGACGUGUUUGACGUCAACACCAUGGAGUGGAUUCAGACCAUCCCUCUCAAGAAGGUGCGACCCCUGAACGUCGACGGCUCUCUGAACCUUCUGGGACUGGAAACAGUGCGACUCAUCUAUUUCAGAAACAAGAUGGCCGAGGGCGAUGAGCUGGUGGUCCCAGAGACGUCGGAUAACAGCAGGAAGCAGAUGGUGCGCAGCAUGAACAACAAGAGGCGCUUCUCCUUCAGGGUGCCGGAGGAAGAGCGGCUCCAGCAGAGGAGAGAGAUGCUGCGUGAUCCGGAGAUGAGGAACAAGCUCAUCUCCAACCCCACCAACUUCAACCACGUGGCCCACAUGGGGCCAGGAGACGGGAUCCAGAUCCUGAAAGACCUGCCCAUGAACCUCCGUGUUCAGGAGAGCCGCGCCGGCUUCAGUGCUUCCGUCAGCAUCCCCUCCAUCACCAAGAACCGCGGCGAGCCGGGCCGCUCCAUGAGCGCCAGCAGCGGGCUGGGCAUACGCUCGUCCUCCCAGAACGGCAGCGCGCUGCGCCGAGAGCUGUCCGGGGGCAGCUACGGAUCCAAGCGGCAGACCAUGACCUCUCCCUCUGAGAGCUCCCUGUCCUCUGGCGGGGGCAUGGACUGUGGUGACGCUCCGCUGUCCCAGUUUGACAGAGAGUGGCAGGCGGUCUCACCGUCGGAGAAGACCCCCGAUCUGAAAAGGGCUUUAAGGACCCUGCUUAGUAAGAUGAAGGAUUCAGACUCGCCGCGCCAUUCCACGGCUUCCAACAGCUCCACCUUCAGCAGCCCUCCCAGUCCGGCCUCCCCCCACAAGGCCAAGUCCCUGUCCCUGGAGAGCACAGACCGCAUGGGCUGGGACACAUGAGCCUCCGUCAGCCCCCAAACUCCACCGACAGCACAGACUCCAAAAAAUCCCUCCUCUUCCUCCUCCGCCCAUCGCUUUCUCUCUGAAUAUCCCCCCCCCCCCCAGUGCCCAGAUAACUGCACCCACUUCUGCACCUUCCCUCUGUCCCUGGUCGCAGGCGGAGACACGGACAGAGACGAUACGAGUGGUGAUGUACAUCAGUGUGUGUGUAGGAAAAAAGCUCCCGACUGCAGCGUGUUCUUUCUGUCUGUGCCCCCCCCCCCCCCCCUCUAAAUGCAACAAGAGGAGUAUCUGGAGAGAACGUACUUGUACAUAGGACCCUUUGGGUUUUGGGGACAAUACUUUAAUUUAUUUAUCAAUCUUAGAGAAGGAAAAGUAGGUUUGCUUCAUGGCCGACUCAGGCGGGUGGCGCUUAACCCGUCCUCACCCCCCCCCCCCCCUGCUUUCUCUUUGGUUGCUGCAGAAAUUGAAAUUGUCAAAAAAAAGAAAAGAAGGCAAUGCUCUUUAUUUUUUAUUUUGCUCGUGGUAUUAACUGCAGUGACUUUAUAACAUUUUUUAUUUUGACCAUCGGCAACCAGCAGCGUUAACGUCGGCUCGAAUGACAUCAUCACAUCUCCUCUGACUCUCGCUCCCUGGAGUGACAUCAUCCAGUGUGACACCUCCCACUGUGCUGGACAACCAAACUGAACAGCUCGCAGGUUCCCAUGACGACGAUGUACAUAGGUUCAAAGUAGAGAGUAAUAUAUGAUACGGAGAAUACUGUACUACAGAGACAGAAGAUUCUUUUAUUUUCCAUGUGUUCCUUCUGAGUUGUAUUCACACAUUUAGGCCAUUUUAAACCAGUUUCUUUUUUUUACCGUGCGAUUUUAAAUUGGUUUGUUUUUUAUUGUGUGUUUCCUCCACUCGGUUUGCGUUUGUGUGAAGAACCCUCUGCUGCCCGUGCUGUCAGGUGAACGAAUUAUCACGUGACGAAGUCCUUCCACUGAACGAGAGAGAGACUUUGGUUGAUCGGUUCACUACAAAAGGAGCAUUAGUCAGACUUCUUGAUUUCAACACUAAAAUGCGAAUGUAUUCACUCAAACACUAGCAGCGCUUGUCUUGAUGAAAUGAGCGGAGUGCGUCCUGUGGUCUGUGGAUGAUGUCAUCUCUAACCCUCCAGGCGCCAGUGAGUGGAAGGGAAGGAGCAGUGCUGAACACGACCCAUCCUCCACUUUAUUCCCGCCGUUUGAAACAAAGCUGCUCUAUAAACCCAUUCCAAGUAUUUCUUAUUUUGAAGUAUUCCAUUUCUCAUGCAGAGCCGGGAGGUGGGAUGUGUUUCCUUCCAAACAACCACCUUUUAAAGCGGGAGUUUCUGCACAAUGUAUUAGCUACGGGAAGCUGGGGGGUGAGUGUUUUAUCAGCCAUCAUUGUACAGACACAGUGAGAGUCACAUGACCGAUAAAGAGAGGGGAGGAGAAACUCAGGAAACGUCAGGACCAAUGAAUUCUUUUCAUUUGGGUGGAUGAAGGAGUGACUGACAGGUGAAUCUGGCUCCAGGUGAAUCGUGCAGUACAUGUGACCCGGGGGGAGCCGACUGGAAGAUAAACGGUUUUCGGGGGGAGGAAGAAAAUAAUGAAUCAAACGCCUUUGCAUUUCAGUGAGGUCUUAUCUACAGAACCUUCCAUAUUAUUUUGCUCUUUCAUAUCAUAUUGCAUUUUGUUUUUCUUUCUAGGAUUGCUUUGUAAUAAUUUGUACAGUUUUGCAUGUUUUAGAUGUAAUCAUUUGUUUUUUGGUUUGUUUUACUUGGACGUGCUCCCUUUUGAACAGUUUUACUGAGGAUAACCCACUACAGGAGAUGUAGAUUCUUUUUUGCACAAAAAAAAUAUUUAAGGUGUAAGGUCAAACAAAAAUAAUGUAUGGAACUGGCUGCCACACCUCUGGAGAACUAUUAACCUGACUCCGAUGUAUUUCAAUAAAGCGGAGGGCUGUUACAAAUAUAAA